AUGGAGUCAGGCAAAUUUGAUUUACGCGGAUGGGAAUAUACGAAGGACGGCGUUGCCAAGGGCUUUAGCAAUGUGCUCGGAUUGUUGUGGGACAAGGAGCUUGACACUUUAUCUCUAAACAUUGCUAAUCUAGAGAAAUUAGUUUUUGAGAAGUUGACAAAAAGAAAUAUUCUAUCGGUAGCCCACCGUAUUUUCGAUCCCCUCGGUUUUGUUUGUCCAAUAGCACUCGGACCUAAGAUUUUAUUGCAGGAAGCUUGGGCGGCCAAGUUAUCUUGGGACGAGGAACUAAGUGACGAUAUAGAGAAACGUUUUAUGCAAUGGAUUAACGAACUGAGGAAUAUAAACCAAAUUAAGAUCCCUAGAUGCAUGAUCGGAAUGGUAGACGAGACAGAUGAGAUCAGCUUGCACAUUUUUGUUGACGCGAGUGAAUUAGCUUAUGCUACGGUCAUUUUUAUUAGAAUCCAGCAAGAACAUGACGUACAAGUAUAUUUCGUUCAAGCAAAAACACGAGUCGCUCCUGCAGUCAAAAGUAAGACGAAUGCACGCACCAGUAUACCGCGACUGGAAUUAUUAGCUGCAACGAUUGGGGCAAGAUUAGCAGCGCAAGUCAUAGAGUCAUUAGAUGUGAAAAAUGUAAAACUUUAUUAUUGGACAGAUUCGUCAGCGGUAGUUACAUGGAUUCAGCGGGAGAAUAAUUGGAGUGUUUUUGUCUCAAAUAGAGUCAAAGAAAUUAGGCAAUUGACCGAUUACAGGCAGUGGAGGCAUAUACCUGGCCAUCGGAACCCUGCUGAUUUACCGUCAAGAGGCUGUACGGUUCAUCAGUUAUUAACUUCGAAGUAG